AGCAUGAAACUCAUCAAGCCACAAAUUAAAGGAGCUCGAUCUUCACACUUCUUGUAGUUGUCUUUGCAUUUCACUUCUAAAGAAGUACAAUGGCAGCUGCUACAAUGGCUCUCUCUUCCCCUUCUUUCGCCGGAAAGGCAGUGAAGCUCUCGCCUUCCACCCCCGAAAUCACCGGAAACGCCAAGUUUAGCAUGAGGAAGGGCGCUGCUAAAACUGUUUCAUCCGGCAGCCCAUGGUACGGCCCAGACCGUGUUAAGUACUUGGGACCAUUCUCCGGCGAGCCCCCAAGCUACCUCACCGGAGAGUUCCCCGGCGACUACGGAUGGGACACUGCUGGCCUCUCUGCUGACCCAGAGACCUUCGCCAAGAACCGUGAGCUGGAGGUGAUCCACUGCAGAUGGGCGAUGCUGGGAGCUCUUGGAUGCGUUUUCCCGGAGCUGUUGUCCCGCAACGGCGUUAAGUUCGGCGAGGCGGUGUGGUUCAAGGCCGGAGCUCAGAUCUUCAGCGAGGGAGGUCUUGACUACUUGGGCAACCCAAGCUUGAUCCACGCACAGAGUAUCUUGGCCAUCUGGGCAUGCCAAGUUGUGUUGAUGGGAGCCGUUGAGGGUUACCGUAUUGCCGGUGGACCCCUCGGCGAGAUCACCGACCCACUCUACCCCGGUGGCAGCUUCGACCCAUUGGGCCUUGCUGACGACCCAGAGGCUUUCGCCGAGCUCAAGGUGAAGGAGAUCAAGAAUGGCAGACUUGCCAUGUUCUCCAUGUUCGGAUUCUUCGUUCAGGCUAUCGUCACCGGAAAGGGCCCAUUGGAGAACCUUGCUGACCACCUUGCCGACCCCGUUAACAACAACGCCUGGGCCUAUGCCACAAACUUUGUUCCCGGAAAUAAACAUGCCGGAGCUCAGAUCUUCAGCGAGGGAGGUCUUGACUACUUGGGCAACCCAAGCUUGAUCCACGCACAGAGCAUCUUGGCCAUCUGGGCAUGCCAAGUCGUGUUGAUGGGAGCCGUUGAGGGUUACCGUGUUUCCGGAGGACCCCUCGGCGAGAUCACCGACGCACUCUACCCCGGUGGCUACUUUGACCCAUUGGGCCUCGCUGACGACCCAGAUGCUUUCGCCGAGCUCAAGGUGAAGGAGAUCAAGAAUGGCAGACUUGCCAUGUUCUCCAUGUUGGGAUUCUUCGUUCAGGCCAUUGUUACCGGAAAGGGCCCAUUGGAGAACCUGGCCGACCACCUUGCUGACCCUGUUAACAACAACGCCUGGGCCUAUGCUACAAACUUCGUUCCUGGAAAGUGAAUAUGAAUAGAGUUACAGUCUUCUUGUGUGAAGUAUUUAACUUACGUACUGUUUUGGUGUAAUGCAAAAUAUGUGAACUAUGUGCUAUAAUGGCGUAGUAGCAUAAAUAAAAAGUAUAUUUUUAAUAUAAUAAAAGUACAUUAUUAUAAA